GGUGCAUACGCAGUCUCCUCCAGAAAGGCUGCACUGGCGGGAGAUCAAACUUUAAAUGCGGAUUUGAGAAUCUUUUCUUCAGCCCUGACCGCGCGCGCAAACACAGGGAUGCCGGUUCUCACGAGCCCCGACAUUGCCAACAAGUUUAAGGAGAGAUGGCUGGCGGUUUACCCGGAGGAUCAGGUCACCGGGUCUGACUCCCUCCCGCUAGACGACAGCCUCACUAGCCUCCACUGGCUCCAGAAUUUCUCCAUCCUUAACGCGGACCCGGAGCGCGCCAACGGAGCCGGACCUGGCUGCCCGUCCUCACAGCAGCACCUCUAUCUCAGGCGGCUCGGCUUCCCCAGAGGAGGCACCGACUCUCCGUCCAGCCCUCCAGCAGGAGACACCGCUGCCACCGGGAUGCCUCUGUACCUCGGGAGUCCCGUCACCUCCGGCAGCGACACGCCGCGGUUCCCCAACUGCUCGCAUCCUGUGACCGGGUACCCGCAGAUCCCUGUCCAGGCCAGCCCGCCGGUGGAGGUCGACUACAAAAGCAACCCAAAAGUCAAACCGCCCUACUCCUACGCGUCUCUCAUCUGCAUGGCCAUGCAGGCCAGCAAGCAGCCCAAAGUGACUCUGUCCACCAUCUAUAACUGGAUCACCGAGAAUUUCUGCUACUACAGACACGCGGAGCCCAGCUGGCAGAACUCCAUUCGUCACAACCUGUCCCUCAACAAGUGUUUCAAAAAGGUCCCAAGGCGGAAGGACGAGCCGGGGAAGGGCGGCUUCUGGCAGAUUGAUCCGCAGUAUGCAGACAUGUUUGUCAAUGGCAUCUUCAAGCGCAGGAGGAUGUCUGCGAGCAGCUACAACAGCAGCAGUGGCGGCCCUCAUAGACAGAGCAAACUGGUUCAGGGUUAUCAUAGCUCCCAAAAUGGCUGCCCUUACCAAGGCAGCAAACGGAAGCACCUGCCCUCUAAGAGCAAGAGAGCGACCGAGUCCCCUCUUUUGGCUACAGAAGCCCAGAGAGCAGACAUCCUGAGGGGAGACUUUGACCUGGCGUCCGUGUUCGAUGACGUUCUUGGCGGGAACUGUAGCACCUUCGAGGAUUUGGACAUCAACACGGCGCUGAGCUCCCUGGGCUGCGAGAUGGAGGUGUCUUUGCAGGGGAGGCAGGGGCUGGGGAGGUGGUGCGGCGGAGGGGACGCCAUGGGUCCGAAUCUGAACCACCACCAAUCCUACGGUUACAUGGAGCUGAACACAGCAGCCACGGACUGCACGGUUAACAUGGGAGAGCUCCAUGUGCCGCCGCAGCAUCCGCAGCUGAACCAGGAUCAGCUGCUCCAGAGCCACCACCACCUGCAGCAGUUCGACGAGUCGUCAGUGCUGUUCCCAGAGCAGCCUGAAGAGGUGGUGUUGCAGCCCUGGGAGGAGAUCAAAGAAGAGGCACAGGCGAUUCCUCUGACCCUGGAUCAGGGUUUUGGCCUGUGCGAGGGCUUCUUCACAGAGAUCCAGCCAUGGGAACGAGUGGAUGCCUAUCUGUGACCUUUGACCUCACUGACUCCUAAUUAUCUAAUGACUUGAACAUGUCACCCUCAAAAGGAGAACUCUGAUUACAUGCAUUGUCAUUACAACUUGUCAAAUACCGCUGUUUGGUCACGUCUGGUCAUGUCUACAUAUGACGCUAGGUUUCCUCCUGCAUCUGUUGUUGACAUUCAGUGACGGCGUGUCAAUUUACGCCAGUUAAUAAAUGUCUUUUCACAGGAAAUGUACAUUUUCUGGUUACUAGAUGCAUACAGUCUUUUUUAAAAUAAACUUAGUAAAACAUCUUGUAUUUAGUUUAUUUCCUUAAGUUUAGAAAAAGGCAUCAUGGUUUGCCUCAACAUUCACACUGAAAGUGAACCGCAGGCUCCCAGUGAAAGUUUGUUGGACCCAUCCACCUCUCCUCCCGCCCAACCCAUAGGCACUUGCUAUAUCACAUCAUACCCAGCAGCCUGUCAACUCUGGUGGUGUGUCAUACAGCCACAAAUGGUACCAUCAGGCUGCGUUAGAAAAUGGCACCACCCAUUGGCGUAUCAUACCGCCACAAAAGGUGCCGUCCAGCUGUGUUAUAAAAUGACACUGCCUAGUGGUGUAUCAUACAGCCACAAAAGGUGCAGUCCAGCCACCUGGUGCGUAUCAUACUGCCAAAGAAGGUGCCGUCCAGCUGCAUUAUAAAAUGACACCGCCCCGUGGCGUAUCAUACAGCCACUAAAACGGCUGUCCCACUGCUUGUUAGCCUAUCAUACCGCCACAAAAGGUGCCGCCUGGCCAUGUUAUAAAAUGACGCUGCCCAGGGGUGUAUAAUACCGCCACAAAAGGUGUCUGACACCAAAAUCACUGACCAAGCAGUGGUAUUUGACAAGUUUGGAAAUGAGAACAAGCUGAUUAAAACUAUAACACUUGCAUUCCCUCCAAUCAUUCUGCAAAAAGCUGCAUUUGUAAUUUAUUUUUGUAACAUUUACCUGUACUUAAACAUCAAAACUAAUCUGAACUAUAAACCCAGUUAAAGA